AUGCCGGUAGAAAACGACGGGAAUUUCAGAGCGUUACUUCGUUAUGCCCUAGACAACGGCGAUCAAGCUUUGGCCAAUCAUUUAAAUACUGCGGGUGCGAAUUCAACGUAUUUAAGCUAUCGUAUUCAAAAUGAAAUAAUUGAUGCAGCAGGGAAACAAAUAACGACGAAUAUUGUGCAACGUGUAAACAAAUCUAGAUAUUUUUCUGUCAUUGCUGACGAAAGUACGGAUGUGAGUGGCAUUGAACAGUUUUCAAUAUGCGCUCGAUUUGUCGAUAAAAUGGACGAAUACAAAAUUCGAGAAGACUUUUUGUGCUUUAUCCCUGUUGAGGACGUUACCGGAAAGGGGCUUGCAAAUACGUUGCUGACCACGAUGGAAAACAUUGGCAUAAACCUGGCCAAUAUGAGAGGGCAAGGCUAUGAUGGGGCGCGUGCAAUGAGCGGAAAAUUCAACGGCUGUGCUGCUAAAGUUCGAGAACUAUAUCCGGAAGCUAUUUACGUCCACUGUGCUAAUCAUAAUUUGAAUUUGGCUAUUACACAUGCGUGCAAAAUAUCGUCCAUCCGAAAUUGCAUAGGCACAAUUAAAGAGGUUGUAAAUUUUUUUCGUCUAUCCAAUAAGGCAGGUCUAGUUUUAAAAGAAAAAAUCCAAGUGUCUUGCCCAAGUGCGAAACAAACACGUCUUCUUAAAUUUUGCGAAACGAGAUGA